CAAUAACAACAGAAAUGGCUGACGUGCUGGAAGAUAACAUAGAUACUCCGUCCAUUUUACUACCUUGUGGUUCCUGCAACCGAACUUUCCGUCCUGAGGCACUCUCAAAACAUUCUAAAGUGUGCGAGAAAACGUUGAUGAAGAAAAGAAAAAAAUUUGACUCUUCCAAACAAAGAAUCCAAGGGACUGAUUUAGCUGAGUUUCUUCCAAUCUUGCCAACAUUUAUUAAAAAAACAGACAGAUCACCAAUAAGAAAAACCCAGACACAAGUCAGCAGCACUUCACAGCUUCAAUCCAGUAGCAAGUCUUCCCUGAAAUCACCUAAGCAAGAAAAUACAAAAUGGAGGGAAAAACACAAUGAAUUGGUGCAGACAAUAAAAGCAGCUCGGAUGCCACCGGGGCAGGCUCCUGUCAUCAAGCUGUCUGACCAGGAGGCCUGCCCGUACUGUGAAAGGUCCUUCGGGCCUAAGGCCUACGACAGACAUCUGGAGUGGUGUAAAGAGAAGAUGACCAGGAUACAACCUAAGAGUCCUGCUAGUCAGAGAGCCAAGGAGCGGCUAGAGGCCAGAACUAAGUAUCGAGCCCCUCCAGUUGGCAAAGCCAAGCGUUCAGCAUCAAGAGACAAAAUACAACCUGAAACUUCUCCCCAUGUGAUUCACACUCCCCUUACUCAGAGGAAAACCUACAACAAAACAAAUGUGAUGGAGAGUAGCAGUGUUCCCAACAUAAACCGCAACUUGACGAAAGACACAUCUUUGAGAAAAAGCACUAGAGGCACCAGUGUUACCAGGACUACCCAAGCAUCUAGAAUGAGAUUUCCAAAUGCUGUCAAAAAAGUAGUUACACAGAUAACUAAGAAACGUGUGGGCCCUGGAUCAAACGACUACGACCCGUACAAGUCAGCCGAGCAGCAAAUGCUGGAACUCAUGGAGCCACAUCCUCAGCCACAGCCGCAGAAACUAACCCCCAUUUCCAAAUCACCCUCUCUAGUUUCCUCGCCUACCUCAGCUUUUAGCAAAUUUACCUCUAGUCUAACCCCCGAGCCGCUCUUCAUUUCAGAAAACGACAACGAUACCAUGUCAAAAGUGGAAACCAAAUCCCAUGCUUCAAGUGAAAAAUCAACCCCUCCCCUCACCAUUACUUCUCCGCUGGACAAUUUUUCUAAAGACUCCAACCAAAACACUAUCAACCUGAGUACUUUGAGUCUAUGCUCAACCAUCAGCAUAGAGUCGGUCGAUAGUAACAAAAAUAGUUACAAAAUGGGACACAGUAACAGCGCCAGAGUACCUGAGAAGAAGACUCCGUUGCCUCUGAGGAGGACAGUUUCUGCCGUGGAGUCUCGCAAACCAAGCGAACCCCGUAGGAGUAGGGAUCCCCUCAAGGGUCUACUAAAAAUGGAAGAUUUGCUGUACGGUUCAAAAACCGUCAUUGAGGGGGAAAGAUAUUUCGGUUCACCAAUUAUUACACGACAGACUGAGAAAAAUGAUAACUUCCACAGUUCUUCUGGUUCUUUACACAAAGCGGUGUCCGACACCGAGACUCUAAACGCAGAGCAGGAGCUACUUAAGUCUAUGUCAGAGUUUGAGAAGAUUUUCUCUUCCUCUUCAUCCUCUUCCCCCUCUCCUUCCUCUCCUCCUCUUAAACUUUUUCCUUCCUUGGUUUCUAGUUUCCCGGCGGACCUGAUGGACGUACAAGAUAGGGACUUCUCAAUGAGUCACACUGGUGGACCAGACUCCGCUUAUAGCAGCCUGAACCGCAAGUCGCCAGUGGGAGGAGAGCAGGAGACUAAGGAGCAAGAAGUGGCAAGGUUCUGUCACGAGUGUGGAGCUAAGUAUCCUGUCUUGGCCGCCAAGUUCUGCUGCCAAUGUGGAGUAAGACGACUAGUCAUCUAGCCUAACCUAACCUAUCAUUCCACAUCAGCACAGAUACGACUCUACAUUGAGAAAAUUCCAUAAUGUACACUACACACUUUUAUUUUACAUCCAUUAUGUGCCAUUAAAUGUUUUCAUUUGGUUUAAAUA